AGAAGCUUCAUUUAAAUAUAAAUAUAAUGGCGGAUGAUAGUGAACAGCAAGUUCCAAUCCAAACUGUGGAAGAGCCCCUGGAUUUGAUUCGACUCAGUCUGGAUGAAAGAAUCUAUGUGAAGAUGAGGAAUGAUAGAGAACUACGUGGUAGACUUCAUGCUUACGAUCAGCAUCUGAAUAUGAUCCUGGGGGAUGUAGAGGAGACCGUUACUACAGUGGAGAUUGACGAGGAAACCUACGAAGAGAUCUAUAAGUCUACAAAGAGAACAAUUCCCAUGCUGUUUGUUCGUGGAGAUGGAGUCAUUCUUGUUUCCCCACCUAUGAGAACGGGAACGUGAAGUAAAGAACAUUUGUGAAAGAUGCUUGAUCUUAACCUGGUGCAAAAAAAAACAACACACAAGAAAACUCCAUUUGUGGUCAUGUUAGCUGAAUGAGAAAAUGUUUUUCAUUGUGAAAGCUAUCUGUGAAGGUUUGCAGUCUAGACAAGCAUGGAUAAUGGAUUUGAUGCAAAAAGUUACAGGGCAGCAAAGACACUGUUGUACUAUGUCAUACUGUUUUAUAAGAGAUGGGGAGAAAAACCCAUCCCUCUUUUCAGACAUUGUAUGCUUACAUUCUCAUCUUGUUUCAUUUGAUACAUAUUGUAGUCCACAAUAAAAUUGGGGAAUAAC